GCAAAUCCUCUACAAUUCUAAUUUCUCGGUCCUCAAGUCUAUGAGACUUUGUAACAUGCAAGUCCACCUCAACUCCAAGUCUGCAUAUGCAUAGAGUACUACACACAGAGAAUAAGGAAAGGCAAAGAAAGAGUUGAUCUGGAAAACUUCUGUGUCACAACCCAGGGUCACUAUGUGUGAAUGCCACAUAAAUCAGGCAAGAGCUACGCCGUACCGCCCUCCGCUAUCGAUAAAGAUUCUGCAACUGUCCACUUGAUCAACCAUCAAUCUCUCGUUCGCAUUCGCUGAGCGCAUUCCUCAAUAGAUUUAUAGAUUUGAAAAGGCUAUUCAAGAACACAACCAUAAUGACCAUUACAAAGACUACCCCCGCUGGCCGGCAAGUCAAUGUCCUCUUCGUUUGCCUCGGCAAUAUCUGUCGUUCUCCCAUGGCAGAAGGUGUCUUCCGAAAUGUAGCCUCCUCACAUUCUUUGAUCAAAGAAAUCGACUCGGCCGGAACAGGUGCCUACCACGCCGGCGAAUCCCCGGAUUCCCGUACCAUGUCCACGCUCCGCCGCCACAACGUCACAAAUUACGAGCAUGCCGCCCGCAAAGUCACCAAGCAGGAUUUCCUCGAUUUUGACUAUCUUCUUGCGAUGGACAAAUAUAAUUUACGCGAUCUGUUGGAUGUUCGCGAGUCAGUUCUGGCAUCUAUGAAUAAGUCCGUGCCCGCGUCGCGUGGCACGAAGAGCACUCGAGCAGCGACUGCGGCAUCCUUUGCGGCAAGCGGGGAGGCGGGCGCCAAGGUAGCAGAGGUGCGCCUGUUUGGUGACUUUGGUGCCGGCGGUGUCUUGCAUGAACGAGUUGGAGGUGGUGAGGUUGUUCAGGAUCCGUACUAUGGCGGUGUCAAUGGUUUUGAGGAGGUGUACCAACAGGUGGUGCGGUUUUCUAAGAGCUUCUUGGAUUAUCUGGAAAACCAUCAGGGCUCUGAGUCGGAAGACUAGACAGGUGGGGGCCAUAGACUUUGGCAUUCACAGAAUGCCCCGUUCGCUAAAGGUAUAUGGGCGUGUCUGGUUGAAGAUAGUACCCUGUGGUUUUAUGCCUACUUAAACCCAGUGAGCAGACUUGUUACGCAUCGUAUCAAGGAGUAGAAACUCUCUUAGAAGACGCUUUAAGCGUGAGCAUCGAAUGUAUAUAAUACAAUAAAAUACAGUAUGUCGGAC